AUGCCACCAAAAGGCAACGGAGUUUCGGGCCCAGUUGCACAAAGCGUCCCUCCGAUGGACAUGAGCGACCAGAUUGAAAGAAUGUGUCGUCUAUUGGAGGCAAGCCAGCAGCGGUCCGACGAGGAAAUCAAGACAUUAACCGAAGCCCAAGCUAGGCUCGAAGCCGAGAUUGCUGAGCUGCGUAGGUCCGCUGACACGACUCACAACACCCAAGCCCACGAGAAUCUUGAUUCUAACAGAUCCGACGUUCUAGUCGACCGUGUUAAUUCCCCACAUCACAACAUGAACCCAGGUAACGGGAAAUCCCCAGCCAUCCCCCCAUCCUCCGGGACCGACGGGCGACAAGCCCCAACCUCUGACACGCAUGGGCGGGUAGAAGCAGAACCCACUGGACCUGCUCAGCCAACAACCGACGUCCGGCCUCAACGCACCACGCCUCAAGUCGCACACGAUUCUCCCUCUGAAGGUCGCAUUCCCUUAAUCUGUUUCUUGGACAGUUGGAAAGAAGACAUGAUGAGGGAAAUGAUGCAGAAGUUCUCAGAUGGGCGAUCCGCAUACGCCACCGAACAUUUGGAUCUCGUAUCAAGAACCACUGAAAAAUUGCCUUUCUCGGAAUGGAUUCUGAAUGAGCCAAAGCCUCGGGACUUCAUCAUCCCCUCCCUGCCUGCGUUCAAUGGAAAGGGAGACCCACUAAACCACCUAUUUCAAUUUCAACAAAAGAUGGCGUUAGAAACUAAUAACGAAGCCAUACAAAGUAAAGUCUUUUCCACGAAUUUCUCCGGGCCGGCUCUGUUAUGGUUCCGACAAUUAAAGCCCGGGUCACUCAACAGUUUUAGUGAUCUCCGACGGUCCUUCUUACAGCAGUACAGCGCGAACCGAGAGGCGCCCAGAACAAUGGCCGAUCUCUAUCGAAUUGAACAGGGGGAGAAUGAACAUCCAAAAGCAUACUUACAGCGUUUCAUUGACCUCGUACAUCAAAUCCACAACGUCGACCCACUCACCGCAGCAAAUCUUUUCGUCAAAAGCUUGCAGGUGGGGUCACUCUUGCAUGAGAAUCUCACUAUGACACCACCAUACGAUAUGGCAGACGUGCAGACCCGAGCCGAGGGCGUCUUCAGGGUAUUAGAAUUUCGAGAGCGCACACAGAAGAAGACUGCACUCAUCUCUGCUCCCCCAACAAAUAAUCCUCCACCACCUGCCAGGGAUGACAAGAGGAAGCGGAACCAAACAGAUCAUGCGAAGGAAGGAAAAAGGCCAAGACAGGAUCGACAGCCAUCGCGCUACCCAUCCUUCGAAUACACCGUCCCGUAA